UUAAAAGUAGUGAAGAAGUAGCUCAUCCUGCACAUCACUCCUCGUUCACACAAGCUGAAUCGCUGAAGAUGAGGAUGAUUCUUCUACUCUGCAUCCUCUGCCUGAUGACUUCUACUGCCCACAAUCAGGCUGUAGGAGUUCCUGGAUCACCUGGACCACCUGGACCAUCUGGACCUGCUGGACCACGUGGACCUGCUGGACCUGUUGGACCUGUUGGACCUGUUGGACCUCGUGGAAUGACUGGAUUUCGUGGACCUGCUGGACUUCCUGGAAUGACUGGACCUGCUGGACCUGCUGCAUUCUGUGGACGAGAUAUCUUUGGCCCUAUUAUGGAGGAACUUGAAACCUUAAAGAAGAGCCUUGCGAAGUCCAAGCUGACUAUAAACUACGACUUUGUCCGCAGCGUUGGUCAGAAAUACUUUGAGCUGGCUUUGCCCCAGAACGAGGAAGAGAACAACAUACUGACUCAAGUGUUUGUGGAAAGUAACGAGAACACCUGGAUCAACGUCAGCAAUAAAGCAGUGGGGAAGUUUGAGGCUGAUAUGAAAAACCAACAUCUGGCCUUUACCAAAUGGGGAGAAGGGCAGCCAGACAAGUCCAUCCAGGAUACAGGCUGCAUUAUGCUGUCAGAAAACGGUGUCUGGAAAGUGACACCUGAAUGCUCUCUGAAUGCUUACAUCAUUUGUCAGAUAUAGAAAGUUCUUGUAUCCAAGAUGAGAAACAAUUGCUCCUAGAAAUAAUAACUUUCACAUGUUGAAUUUCCCCAAAACGAUUAUCUCAGAUCCUUGUCACUACUACAGACAUGUAUAAUUGCAUCAUUGGCACUGCAUUAUUUCUGCUGCAAAGAUGUAUUCCUAUAUAUAAAGGAGUUAAAGCAACAAUAUGAUAUAUGUAUAGAAACAAUGGUGAAUUCUGAAGGCAUUCAGUGUGUCACAAUAAAGUGUAUG